AUGAGCAGUAACGAAUGUUUCAAGGGUGGAUGGUCUGGCCACUGGGCCCGGGGAUGCCCUAGAGCAGGAGGGAGUCGAGGGCGCGGAGCUAGAGGCCGCGGCAGAGCUUCUCCGAGCAGUUCCACCAACCUACCUGACAUCUGUUACCGCUGUGGUGAGUCUGGCCAUCAUGCUAAGGAUUGUGACUUUCUUGAGGCCCUCUGCUACAACUGUGGGAGAAGUGGCCACAUCGCUAAAGACUGUAUUGAGCGGAAGAGAGAGAGUGAGCAGUGCUGUUACACUUGUGGAAGACCAGGCCACUUGGCUCGUGAUUGUGACCGUCAGGAAGAGCCGAAGUGCUACUCUUGCGGGGAAUAUGGCCACAUUCAGAAAGACUGCAGCCAGGUCAAGUGCUACCGGUGUGGCGAGACCGGCCACAUGGCCAUCAACUGCAGCAAAACGAGUGAAGUCAACUGCUACCGCUGUGGCGAGUCCGGACAUCUGGCCCGGGAAUGCCCCAUGGAGGCUACCGCUUAGUUUUUCCCCUUUGUNGCCCCC